AUGGAAAACUCAAAGCUAAAGCGUAAUAUAAAACCGUUUAAUGGCGAGAAGUAUAGUGUCUGGAAAUUUAGAAUACGCGCGCUUUUGAGCGAAAUAGAUGUUAUAAGUGUAAUUGAUGAGGAAGUACCCGCAACGCGGAGUCAAGAGUGGACCACAAAGAAUUGUAUUGCUAAAAGUACUAUCGUUGAGUAUUUAGAAGAUUCUUAUCUUGGUUUUGCUAAGGAAGAAAUAACGGCUAAAUAUAUUUUUAAAAAUUUAGAUGCCCUUUACGAACGAAAAAGUCUCGCGACACAGUUGGCUUUGAGAAAACAGUUAUUGUCUCUGAAAUUACACGGUGAUACACCACUAAUAAAACAUUUUACUAUUUUUGAAGAUUUGAUUAUGGAAUUAUUGGCUGCCGGAGCCAAGUUAGAAGAAACUGAUAAAGUGUCUCAUUUAUUACUUACACUUCCGGCGACAUAUGACGGUGUCAUAACUGCGAUUGAAACAUUGUCAGAAGAUAAUUUAACACUGGGAUUCGUAAAAACAAGACUCUUGGAUCAUGAAGUUAAACUAAAAACAGAAAGUCGUGAUACGA